GUAGCAAAUGCGUAUCAAAUGUGUAGUAGCCGUGUAGAGUUUGAUAUUGCCUUUAGUUUUUUUGUUUCGACAACACAUUCGCUUUUGCUCUAGAAAGAAUUUGAAAAAUGUCGAGCAAGGCACAAAUUACUCUGCCCGAAGAGGAAUUGGAUUGGAUUCAGCUGCGCCAGGAUCUGGGACCCGUGAUUGAGGUGGAAACCACCAAGGAAAAGCUACAGCGCAAAAUUAAGGAGAACCCGUUGGUUCCGAUUGGAUGCCUGGCCACUACCGCGGCCCUGACAAUGGGCUUGUACAACUUCCGUACUGGCAAUCGAAAGAUGUCCCAAUUGAUGAUGCGCACCCGUAUCGCUGCCCAGGGAUUCACAGUUGCCGCCUUGAUUAUCGGCGUUGUGAUGACUUAUGGCGAAAAGAAAACCCCUUAAUUGCUACAAAAGAUACCAUUAAUACCAUGUAGCUUUAAACUAAAACCUGAAAUUUUAACUUAAAAUGGCAGAUAUAUAUAUUUAUAAAUAGAUAUACAUAUAAUGUAUAAAAUUGAUCAUAAUAUAAUUGUAAAGAUGUGUGGGUAAAUUAUGGCCAAGAGCUAGUUGUAAUAUCUUUUUGUAAAGUAUAUUUAUAACGCGGUUCCUUGGCUGAAUCGACGAUGAAUGCAGUUUUAUGAAAUCUUCGGAAUGGUUAAUUCGAACCCCAGCACAUUCAUUUUUCCUUUCGAAUGCACAAAAAUGUUUUGUCUAAAUUUCUCGUCACUCCUCAAUAACUUGCACCGCUUGCAGGCUGCUUGCAAUAACACUCGUACCUUUAUUAGCUUAUUUUAUUGGGAAUUAAAGAAUCUAAAA